AUGAUGGUGUUUUUACAAUUCAUUAUUAUAGAUUAUUACUCAUCCUCGUUUCUUACUAGACCCUAUUUUGUUGCCGAAAUUUUUGAUCUAUUGUUUUCAUUUUGCACAGCUCCAAUGGCCAAUUCUGACAGUUCAUUUCCCCACAAGGAAAGCUUGAUGAACGAAAUAAACUCAUUAUUUGCCCCUCCGACAGCCGAGUCGUACGGGAAAAAAGGUUUGGCUGGCAUCCCAUCGGUUCGGCGCGCUAAGAAGAACAAUGACUCUUGCACAACUGUCACCGACGGUUCUGCAUCCUCGUCGGAGCAGUUAACUGGCCUCACAUCGUCUUACUCUGGUCAUUCUACCGCUCACGAUGAUCCUUUCUGGCGGAAGCCGCGUGCUAAUUGCCAUGAGUAUUGUGACAGCUGCGGUUGUACUGAAGGUGAAAGGCUUGUAUGUGAUCGAUGCCCAGCUAGUUUUCAUCUCGAGUGCUUGGACCCACCGCUGGAGCCGGAUGAAGCGCCUAUUGGAGUCUGGUUUUGCCACAAAUGCUCAAUGACGUUGAAAGAUGAAGAAGAUCAAGCAUCUUCGUCAAGCAGUCAUAGCACAGCGCUCACAGAAACUGGUUCCGGUCGCUCGGAUUCUGCUCAGUUGUCACAUCCCUCUACCGGACCUCCUGCUAGUCAUAGUGGACAGCUUUCUCAUCAGCCCUCAAAACGCAGUGCCUGCGUGUCGCGCGCGGUCACCAACGAACGAGCGCUAGCUGGUCGUUCCAGUCGCUCAGCGGCUUGGGGUGAAUCCGCCUAUGUGGCAGACACGGAAGAAUCAGAGCUGCGCGCACUGUGGAGUAUAAUCAAAUACGCACAAUAUCAAAAUCCGAAGGAAUUUGAUUUACCAAAGGACUUGAUGCCUGGUAUCAAAUUACCUGGUUCCUACAAAACACUAGCUGAACGCAAAGCGAAGACGGUGAUUGAGCUGGAAAAUGGACUAAUUCCUCGCCCUAUUCGGCGGUGUUUUGUUUGUUCCAGGACUUGCAUGUUUGCUCCACUGUUGCCUUGUGAUUACUGUUCUGCGUGCUUUCACCUGGACUGUCUGGAUCCGCCGUUACCGAACUUCCCACCCCGGUCGGAUCGAUGGAUGUGCCCGAACCAUGUGGAGCACAUUGCCGAUCGCUACCUCGUUCGAACCAUUCGUCUGACUGAACGGAUGCGGAUCUGGUCCGAGCUAAUGAAGGUGAACUCGAGCGAUCAGCCCAUCUGUGAGUUCAAAAGACCCACAGUCAAAGUGAAGCGGGAACCUACUGAGAUCAUUGACGAAGUGACAGACGAUCAAGCCGAUGAGGAUACAGAACUUGUACGACCGGAUACACCGCCGUUGGAAGUUGUUGCGCCUUAUGAGCUGACAUACGGACCGGAUGAAGAGGCCGCUGUCCUUGCAGCGCUCAUGCGCAAGGUUCAGCGUGGCCGCGCUGAGCAGUCGGCGCUCAUAUCAUCCAUUGUGGGUGCUACGGGGUCAUUGUUCGACGAUUUGUGCGCAGCUCCGUCUGAAUCCCAUGCCGCUGUGGGUCGGCGGUUGUGGCGCAUAACCAAAACAACUGCGAUGAAGGCUCGCGAAUGGCAAACUGGUGGUAACAAAAUGCGGGUCUCAGUCCCACCUGCCGUCAAGGCGAUGUACGCCCGCGGAGUUCGACGUCUUCCCCGCGCGACCGACCCUUUGGAACCGAUUGAACACCAGCGUUCACUCAAGGAUGAUGAUAAAAGUCUCUUUGUCCGCGGUCUGUUGGCAUUUUAUCUCAAUGGCUCCCCACAACCUACCGGCCUUAUCGAUGAAUCCAAAACGACCACAUCUGCGUUGGUCCAUCCCUUGUCCGAACGCCGGCAGACUUGCUCGUUGCCCAAGCUUUCGUCAAGGCAGCAUGACGCCACUAGUAUCACAGUGUCCUUUGAUCAGGCGAAAGAGCAGACAAAUUUGUUAGACCGUCUCCGAAAUGCGAAAAUUCGUCUGAAAGAAUAUCUCUCAGGAAAAUCGGAGGAAUCCGACCUUCAGGUGCUUCUUUCCUUGGCUGAGCAGCACGUCAAUCAGCUGACAAUAAAAAGUAUAUCAGAUGCGCCAGCGGAUACCUUUCAUCCUCGUCCUUCGAUUGAUACGCCUUCUGUGCUACUUUUGGAACCGGAUAGUCUGAGGGCCCGCGCGGUGCUCACUCCUUGUGGUGGCACCACUGGACCGGUGGUGAAGAUGUGCUACCGGCAAUUGAAUGUUGGAACGUCUUCGGAUUGCCAUUUGUGCCUCGGCAAUUAUCGCAUCUCUAACCCCACCGUGGUGUGUCGCUUUGGUUCCGUUCACCAUGCUACCAUAUUUUACGAUGAAUGGACGCGCCAUUUUGAGUUGAUCAACUACAGUGAAUACGGCAGUCGAGUGGAUGGGAUUAUCUACGGAAACGAUGCGCAGCCCAAGUCCAUUUACAUGCCCACGGCUUCCACUGUCACGGACCGUGCACGCCAACUUUUGCGCAACGAGUUUUCCACAGAAUCGGUCGUCCCUGACCAACUACCUCAUGCUUCCAAGCGUCCACGUAUGGUUGGAUAUCUUCGCGAGGGUCAUUGUUAUACAACCGACCGCUGUAAUUGUGACUGCACCGGCUUUGAAGUCCUCUCUGAUAUGGAGCGUUCUGUGUCUGAGGACCAGAUAUCACAGACAGAAUCUUCCGACCUGCAGUUGACUGGCUGGGAAGGUUCUGCAAUUCUUCGUCAUGGAUCGGUGGUCCAGUUCGGGUGCUACAAGUUCGUCUUGAGUCUUGUCGACUUUGCACCCACUCAUCGAGAGACCGUUAACUUUUCCUACGCCAAAGAAAAUUGAGGUCACCGCUUAAUUUCCUUUACCCCAAAUAGACUGUCUUUAACAGAGCUCAAGUCAUGGAACUCGCACUUGUGCUUCCUUUGUGGCGAUGAUUUCACCCCUGUCAAAGAAUUCUUCCCAUUUCUCCUCGUUUCAUUUGUUCUCUUAUCUCGUCCGCACCAGAGCCGUGUCCUUGUACAGUUUUUACUUCAAUCUUUUUAAAUCUCUCGCCACUCAUGUACAUGCUUCGACCUCUGAACAUAGAGGAUCUUCAAACGUUUUUUUCAUUGUCCUCUACUGGAAUCGUUCUCAACUUGCCGCCUCUCCUGUCCUCUCGCACUGAUCCGAUCUGCUUACCAUUCUUUCGUAUGAUUCUCGUCAAAGUCUUGUUCUUUUGGGUGACUUGUGCAUGACGGAGCUUCAACUCCUUUAUUGCUUAUGCUUUUUGAUGCAGUCGGAUCUUUAACAACAAACCACGCGCAUUUUGCACCCGAACAUCCAAAUGACCUCUUCUAGUUCGCAGCUGGUUUGCUCAAUCUAGGAUUUAUCUUUUCUUAUUGAUCAUCCGCUCCACACUUCAGUCAUGUCGAGAAAGUAAAGUGUAAUUUUGAUGUAUUAGAUUUUUGGUGAAUAAUACGACUUUGGUUGGGUUGCUC